AUAUAUCCAACAAUACCCUAGGUGGUCUAUCUAGCUUGGUAAGGUAAUGUUAUAUGUUGCAUUCAAACAUUUGAAUUCGCAGCAGAUAUGCAAUUGUAUCCAUUGCUUAUGACAUUGACAAUCAACUAAUUUCUCUCCCAUUUAAGUAUAUCAUUUAUAACUUUCACUGUAUUGAUACACAUUAAUGGUGUUGACAGAACUGGUAUUGCCUUUCCAAAACAAUGGCUGAGAGGGCGGCCUUCAAAUAUGCACAAGAAAAUGGACUAGAUGUUAUCACUGUAUGCCCAAGUCUAACCCUUGGGCCGCUCCUGCAAUCAGAUGUCAAUUUUAGUAGCUUAGUGCUACUAAGUUUUCUUAAAGGAUCUCAGGAGUUAAUAGAGACUUAUAAUUGCAAAUAUUUUGUCGAUGUUAGAGAUGUCGCUGAGGCGCUCCUUUUGGUCUACACGAAGCCUGAUGCCUCUGGACGUUAUAUUUGCUCACUCAACCGUAUCAAAUUUGCUGACCUAGUUGAUAUGGUGAGGAACGUGUAUCCAAGUUUCAAUUAUCCUAACAAUAUCCCUGAGAGGAAUGAAGGAAAUGAUUUGAGUUCAGAGAAAUUAAAGAAGCUUGGAUGGAAGUGUAGAACGCUAAAGGAAACCAUCGCUGAUUCAAUUAAAUACUAUCAAGAAGUUGGUCUUUUAACCAUGGAGGAGAAGACCACAUAAGGCUAAUUUAUUUAUAUACAAAAUUUAUAAUUGUAAAAUUGUAAAAUUUGCAGUAUUUCUUCCUGGAUUAAGCACCUUAUAUAUAUAUCUGCAAUAUUUCAAUGUUACUUUCUCAUGUGCUAGAAUUGUUUUCUUCUUAUUAUUCUUCCAAUUAUGAACUAUGUUAAAUCAA